AUGAAUUGCCAGGAGCUACGUCGACUGGGCAUCCUCUAUAAUACCAACGAUGAUCUUGCACCAGAGGACGAGUCCAACACCGUUGCAUGCGGCGUGCCCGUCGAGUGUCCAGCCCCCAUGUUCAUCCUCCGGCACGGCAAACCGCAACGGUCCCAGCGGCCUUCGCCACGGCCUUCCAUCCCACUGCAUCUCCCGCUCUCCUCUCUGACCGACGACGUCAACACCCCCCGCUUGCUGUCCCUCCCAGCCUCACCAUCUCCUGGUACACCCCCGAUUCAACACCGCGCCGAUACCCUUCCAUUACUGGAUUCCCCCUUCCAGUCCCUGCCGCCCCCUCAUCUGGAUAACAGUGACACCACGAUCCCUAUCCCACCUUCGUCAGUACUAGACGCCGACCUUGGAGACUGGACAUUCAUCACCACCUCCCACCCACAUCCACAUCCACAUCCACCCCCGUCCCCACCCCCACCAUCCGAACCAGAGACUUGGAUCCUGAUCGACGACUCGUAG